UUCUUGUUUUCUAAAAAUAGAAAAAGGUAGUAUAUACUUUUAUUUAUAAGAAGUGUUAGCUUUGUUCUGCACUAGUGUUGUCAAACUGAAUUGGACUCAUUUAUCAAUGCGUUUUUUAUCUAUUUCUUUAUAUUUCAUUUUAUACGAUUUUUGUUGUUGUUGCGAAUAGCGGUAAAUAUAGUAAAUGAUUAAAAACUUGUCAAUUCUAUUUUAAGAAAACAGAAUUUUGUAACGAUGUAUGGGAAUUCCCCGUAUGCUCGCAAUAGCGGAAAGCGAUUGGUCAUUAUGUACCUCGUGACUAGGGACUUUCCCAAUAUGCAAUUUUUCCAUGGAGGUGUAAUGGUAAGAUCGAAAAUACUUGGAAUUUUUAGAAACUAUUCGAAACAACACCGAUUGUUUGUGAUCCCUUCCAUCUUUAUGGGGGAUAAUGACGAUAAUUGACGCCAUUAAUUACAAGAAAAACGUCAUUAACAUGAGUAAAAGGGUUAAAACAAAACCAAAAGUAAGAUCAAGUGUGGGAUCGGAGAUGACGCGGAAAAAUGUCGUCGACAAGGAGAGUGCGGACCGCAUAGCUGCAGCGGAAGCCAUGUCAUGUCUGUCUUCAUCACCAUUCAUACUGCCGUCGUCGUCGACAGAAUCGUCUGUACGCACGGCCAAUGACCUAGAAGUAAACACGACCAUGUCAGUUUCAAAACGGGUGAAAUCUAGAGGCCGUAGUCGAGGGGGUAAGCGUUCUCCUGCCAAACUUCCUCAGGUGAAAGCCCCCCAGGAAGGUAACGUCUCUUUAGGUCCAAAAAACGCCAAUACGUCAGAGUCCACUAAAUCUAGUACGGGUCACCAAGGCACAACCGUAACCUUACAAGCUAUUAAUAGCAAUACAUCCAUGCAGGCAUCAGUUAUAGCACAGCAACUAAGCAAUCUGGUUAAAAAACAGAAAGAAAAGCAAGAGAAUUCUGAUGUUAUGCCAUCACAUUCCAAUAUCAAGUUCUCCCUUCAGCAAAUGUUAGAGCUUAAAAAGGCUCAAGUGCAUGAACAGUUGCAUAGUAGUAAUAACCCUGUCCUAAAACUUCCUCUCAAAUCCACUACUGAAUCGCAUCAAUUACGCGAUGCGGCAAGUCCGAGUUCUGUCACCAGUAGCGAAAGCAUUGAAUUAACCCAGACAGCUGUGGAUCACAUACUGAACCCUAACAAGUAUGACACACCUGAGGCUUCUCUGCCUCUGAAAAAGAGGCGGUUACAGACCUAUAAAGAUGGGGAGGUACCCCCGACAGAUAGUGGGUUACCUACGCAGGGAACAGUAGACCUGACCACAGACAAGCAAAGCCAAUCUAAAGAGCAGCAAGCGGGAUCUUUGAAGACAACACCUAGUGGGACAUUCGUGAACCCCAAGACGAGUUUAAUGCUCCUAUCGGAGAUACAGAUGGCGCUUCACCAGGAUGAAGAUGGAGACCUGCCUUUACACAUUGCUGUGGCACAGGAAAAUAUCGUCAUGGUGCAGAAGUUUGUUCAUCUCAUGACCAUCAGUGGCAAAAGUGUGGACAAAUACAAUCGGUCACAACAGACCCCACUACACCUUGCGGUUGAGUUACAGUUUGACCAGGCUGUGUCCGUUCUGCUGAUGGCCGGGGCCAACCCCUGUCUGGUUAACAAGCAUGGGGACAGUUCCAUACACCUGGCCAUCAAGUGCAACACCAUCAACAACCUGGCACUGAUGCUCAUCAAAAGUCAACAUAAGACAGACAUCAACGCCAGGAAUUUUGAAGGUUUGGCGCCUCUUCACCUGGCUGUUGUGAGAAACCAGAUAGAAAUGGUGAAAAUCCUGAUCAGGUGUGGUGCUGAUAUUAACAUUCAGGACGGUAAGAGUGGAAGGACUCCACUGUUCCAUGCAGUGGAAGGAAAUCAACUGGCAUUAGUGAUGUUAUUCAGACAAUGCAGCGCCAACCUAGAGCUCACUAAUUAUGCCGGUGUCACUGCUUUAAUGGCUGCCCAGGCUAAGGGUUUUUCAGAAGCUUGCUCCAUUUUAAUGGUGGGUCUGGAUCCUAAGGCCAUUAUAGAACACAAAGAGAAAGAGAAACUGAUGAUGCCCAACAAAAAGAUGCCAAUACCCAGAAUUCCAAGCAAGGCCCACCUCAUUGUUCCUGGAAACCAGAGACAAAUUAAGAAAGACGGCAGUGGUGAGAACGAAGAUAACUUACAAGGAGCAUGUCACGACAUGGAAGAUGAUGUGAAACCAGGGGAGAGAACUGAUAUUCUGAGGAUACCUGAAAGCGCUGAAGGAGAAUACGAAGUGAAAAGUGAGAUCAAGGACAUUAAAGCAAUCCUCAACACACUGCCUGUAGGGGUGGUUAGGAGAGAAGCGAUGGAUAAUGAGAUGAUGCCGGGAUCUCAUCAAAUGACAUCAAACAUUCCUGUCAAAAAGGAAAAACCAAAGCGUAAUAAACAAAAGAAAAGUACUAAAAGUGAAAAUAACAUGGACAUUGAUUUUCAGCUUUCCUCUGACAUAAUGUGUCUAUCAGAAUCGUCUAAAGGGGUCGUGAAUUCCGUGGCGGACAGCAAAAUGGCAGUGAAUGCUGAACAAGUGAAUAGUUUUGUUAGGUCUGCGCUUGUCAGCAAUGGUCCGGCAAAGUCCACUGGCUCGGUGGAGAGUGUGACCAGUAUAAAUGCCAGAACAGCCUCCCUACUGGCAGCACACCUAAAGAGUGUAAAAAGUACGCUGACUGCUAAUAAAUAUGGCUCUUCAUAUCCAUUAAACCUCUCUUCCAAUGGGAAGGAAACUGGAAACUUGGAAACGGUGACUAGUACUGUAUCCAGCAGUUCAUAGCACAACACACUGGAUUUGAUGUGUUGGCUCGGUGUGUCAUUUUAUUGUAAAUGUGGGGAUGUAAUUGCACACCUAUGGCUUUUACUGAUAAAACCUGUAUACCACGCCCACAUUUUGAUUCUUCCAAUUUAUUAUGCUAUUUUCCUCUUUUAUAUCCAAGUAUGGUCACUUGAUAUAUAGAAAUCAGGGUUUUUUUUGUUAGCUGUUUGGUGAAUAAUUUGGAAUCGGAUGGAACUAAUGAAAUGCUGAAGAAUUAAGUUUCAGUGGUAGCUGCAGAUUUCACAUCAGUUUCUUUAUUUACAUGCAUUUACUAUUACAUGAAUGCAUUCUUCCUAUAUUUAUUUUACAUAUGAAUAUUGAAGCUAUAAUCACAGAAUAUUGAAGCUAUGCAUCUGAUCGUAGUUUACUCAGACCUCCAGGGUUGAAAGAGAAAGUAAAAUAUACGUAAGCAAUAGGAAUGUUAAAAUGUAUUUUGUAUUUUAUAAUUCGAAGAAAAAAAUUCUUUUAAGAUGGUAAAUGUUCUGAAAUCCACAAAAAAUUGAACUAACUUUGUAAAGUUUAAUUUGGUAAUGUACGCACACACAUAUUCGCACACAUACUGAUGAACUACAUCGCAUUUAUUGUAUCUGAAAGGCAAUUUCAUCAACUUUCAGUUCCAACUGAACUUGGUUGGUAAAUCUCCAGUCUGUAGUGUACUGGGGCCUGAUAAACUUGUGUAUUCAUUUAUUGAUAGAUUAUGUACAUUCAUAUAGGUUGUAGUUUACAAUGGGCAUUAUUGUUAAACAAAUUGUAGGGCCUUGAAGUAUGUAAAUUUCAGUGUCUGUAUGCCUGCAUUUAGCUAGAGUUAAUGAAUUCUUCAGUGAAGAAUUUUAGAAAAUAUUAAGUUUUGUAUUUUUUAACUCACCUGAGUCAGUCUCAAAGUGAGCUUUCUGAUCAUAUUUUUUUUAUCUAUCUGUCUUUAUUGUCAUUGUUAACUUUUCACAUGUUUUACUUCUUCAGAACCACUAGGCCAAUUUCAACCAAACUUGGCACAUAGUAUCCUUAAACACUCUCUGAAUGGUAAAUAAUUGGCUAUAGUGAAAAUAAGGUAGGGUGUUGAAAAAAAAUCUUUUCAAAAGACACUCUACCUAUAGUGCCAAAUUUUACUUGAAAUCUCCCUUAUACCCGGCCCGGAUGGGACUGCAAUAGGUAUUCAUAAGUUUUACAUAGAAAUAUGUAAGAGGAAUCUUUGAAAAUUAUCUUCUGAAGAACCACAAGGAUUAUACUGUGUCAGAAUGAGGUGAAAGCGCCCUCUUGUGACGUAGAUUCCUGUUGACACUGUGACUCAGGAGCCCGAGCGGAAUGCAACAGGAGUGAAAAGUGUGUACAAUUAAGAUCUUCUGCUCUAACCUCAUAUGCAAGUAUUUCUUGUAGUGUUUUAAACCUGGAGAAUUACAACAGAGGUUUAAAAUUAUGCAUGAGAAUAUAGGGAAAAAAGUUUAAAAUCUUCCUAGGGACAAGGAGUGUUUAAAUGUGCUAACAUCUUCAUGUAGUGUGCAUUCAAAGUUCAAACCAUGUCCUGUGGGUCCUAAGCAGGACCACAUUGGAGGUUAAAUGUUUCACAUACAUGUAGGAAUAUAUAGGAAUAUGGUUUUAUAAUCUUGAGGCUACAGUUCGAUGAACAUGGAAGAGUGGAUUCAAUUUUCUUCAUUCUGUUAUAGAGAUUUUAUAGAUUUACCAGUACACUCCUAGUGUCCAGCUACAAGUCUGUACAGUAUACCUGUAGGAGCAAGGUUACUCGAGUGAGUGUUGUAGCCCAAGGGCCUCUUUGUUUUAUAUCUGGCUUUGUGAUACUGCCAUUGUGUGUAUGUGUGUCUAAGUUUAUCAUGCUCUGUUUAGUGCUCACAUCUGUUAACUGUUCAAUCAUUGUUCAUUAUUAAAUUAUGCUACCUGCCA